AGGAGAGAGUUUCUCAAAUUUUCUAGAACCAACGUCGCUUUCCUUACUCCCGUCCUCAUCCCAUAACUCUCUCCCUUUUAUAGGAAGAGUUCCCGGACACGGAUCGACAAGCAAGAGGAAAAUUGAAAAUUGAAUCCACUGGUGCUUUUGGGGACGUAAAGUUAUGGUCUUUGUUGUUGCAAUUCUGAGAAUUUCCUUCAGACAUGGAAGCAGAUAUGCGGUAGUGAUUGGUGAUUGGUGAGGAGUAAAUCGGGAAGAAAUGGCGCAAAGGUCGGUUCCGGCGCCGUUUUUGACGAAGACGUAUCUGCUGGUGGAUGAUCCGAGCACGGACGACGUGAUUUCGUGGAACGAGAACGGCACAACUUUCGUGGUGUGGAAGAACGCGGAUUUCGCUAAGGAUUUACUUCCUAAUUAUUUCAAGCACAACAAUUUCUCCAGCUUUGUCCGCCAACUCAACACCUAUGGUUUUCGAAAGAUUGCGACUGAUAAAUGGGAAUUUGCCAACGAAAAUUUCCGGAGAGGACAGAAGGAGCUUCUUUCCGAAAUCCGUCGCCGUGAAACGGUGACAUUAACGCCAGCCUCGACUAAUGUUGCGGGCAAGUCAUCUGGUGCUGCUGGCAAUUCUCUUUCAAAUUCCGGCGAGGACCAGGCUUCCACCUCCUCCACCUCUAAGCCGGUUUCAAAGAAUACAGAAUCCGUCGACACUGCAGUGAUUUCCCAGUUCGCUGAUUUAUCUGGCGAAAACGAGAAAUGGAGGAAGGUCAAUGAGGGUCUGAGGUCGGAGCUCGCUCGAGCGAAGAAUCAAUGUGAGGAGCUGGUUGGGUUUCUGACCGAGUACUUGAAGGUGGGUCCUGACCAGAUCAACCAAAUCAUGCGGCAAGGAAGCUUUAGGUCCACCCAUGAUGCGAUGGUUGCUGAUCACGAUGAUGACGAAAAAUGUGUUGAAGAAGAAGGGGGUGAGGAUUUUAAAAUCUUUGGGGUUUGGUUGAAAGGGGAGAAGAAGAAGAAGAGGGGUCGUGAUGAGAAUAUUGGGUUGACUGGCCCCCAUUCCAAGAAAGUGAAGAAGACAGUGGAAUUCCAUGCUCCCUUGAUGCAGAGCAGCAAGGUCUGCAACUGACCAUCAAUGGGCAUAGAUGUUGCAGCAGGUCAUGGGCCUUAGUACUAGAUAUAGAUGGUCAAUGGCAGCGGGAGACAAAAGGCUCCUUACAUUCUGCCACAGUAAGGUUUAAUUUGUCCAUUAUGUCGAGAGUUUAGGUUGGUUUAUCAGGUAUUUUCGUGGGUGUUGGAGAUCAAGUAGCCUCCUUCCCAUCAAGAAAGCUGAUUUCAGAUUUCAGUAAUAGCUAAUGCCUAUUUGAACAAUAGUUACAGUGAAUUGUGUUACCGUUAUGUGGUUAAAUUGCUUUUUAAAAGAUUUGCUGUGUGGUUAAAUUGCUUUUAAAGGUAAAUCAUACCUUGAUUCUUUCCUAA